AGACACAGAGAGGAGAAAAGGAAGCCAUUGUCAGCCUUCUCUUCAAAUCGGCCUUCUUUUCAAACCGAAUCAACAUAAAACCCUAAAAAACGUUUGCCUUAAAGUCUGGGACUCGCAUUCAGUAACUCUCUUACUCUAAUUAACUGAUUUUUCUUAUAUGUGUGUAUAUCAAUUUUGUUAUAUAUUGACGAAGCUCAUGUAUGUCUGUUUGUUGCUUUGUUCAUGAGUUUUUCUUGCUUUGUACAAUAUCUUUGUCGAAAUUUUAAAGGACAGGAGUAAAAGUUUGUAAUUGAUGUUGUUGUGACCUUUUAGAUUUCGCUUUUGUUCAUGCCAUUUUAGAACUCUGAUGUUAUAGUUGAUGUAUCAUUUUUUUGAAAGGUCCGAGGUAUAAUGUCUUUGCAGUGGUUUUUCUUCUUCUUCAUGUCGACUAGUCUCUGUCUAAAAACCUACUCUGUUGUUAUUGUUUCUUUCUAUUGUCUGCAUAAAUAGUAUACAAUCUCUUUGUUUCAUGACUUUUUGUGACAUGGUGGUCCCUCUGUGUUUGUCAAAGACCUGAUAUGCUUUGUAGUGGUCCUUUUUUGUAUUUAAUUUUGACCCACUAUUAUUGAUUACAUUGUCUAUAUUAUAUAGUGGUCCCUUAUGUUAGUAAAUAUGCACCAUGUGUUAUGUAAUUGUACCCCAAUUGCAUACUGACAUACAUAGUAAUCAUGUAUAUAAAUUAUUGAAUUGUCUCUAUUAUUUGUAUUGUCUCUAUUAUUUGUACACUUAGUGAAUGGUGUGUCUCUGUCAUUGUCUAUAUUGAGGUUUUCUGUACCCACUUGUUGUUGUAGAUAGAAGAUAUGUCUACCAUUGAACUUCAUCAUGGGGGUAUAUUUGAGAAAUCACACCCUAUGACAUACUUAAGAGGAAAUAUAACUGAAUUUGAAAAAAUAGACCCUGACAUGAUGUCAUAUAUUGAGGUUCAAAGGAUGGCAACUGGAUUAGGGUAUGGGGUGAUUAGUGAAGUGUUCUACAAAGUACUUUAUGAGUGGCAACAAUUCAGAGAAGUGAAGUGUGAUUUAAAUGUGUUUAGGAUGUUUUAUGACCAUGAUGCUCAUGGAAAAAUGUCUGUUGUGAAAUUAUACAUUGUUGCACCUUUGUUGAAUGUGGCAGAGAAUGAGGUCAACUCAGAUGCUGAUUUAAGAUGGGAUUAUCUAAUGAGUGAUACCCAACUCAUUACUCCUGUGUCAAGUGAGUAUAGUCCUAGUGAUGAGUUGAUAAGUCUGUGUGAAUCUGAUGAUGAAUGUGUUGAUAAUGGUUAUAUGCACCAGGAUUACAUUCCUUCAAGGGAUUUGGGGGAAAAAGAACUAGAAUUAGGCAUGAAAUUUGGGUCAGCUGUUGAUUUUAGGUUGGCACUUAGGGAAAAUGCAUUGAAAAACUAGUUUGAUAUAAUGUUCACAAGGAAUGAUGAAGAUAGGGUAACUGCAGUGUGCAAGGCUGAAUGUGGUUGGAGGAUACAUGCAAGUAAACCUGAAAAUGAAGAUUGUUUGAUUAUUAAGACCUAUGUGCCAGAACAUACUAACUGUUUAUGGUUUCAUUCAAAUGGACAGGCCUCAUCAACCUUCUUAGCAAACAAAUAUUGUGAACAAGUGAGAUUGAACCCUAAGAUACCUUUGGGAACACUUAAGAGCACAAUUGCAUUUGAAAUGAACAUUGAUGUGUCCACACAUAAAGUGUAUAGGGCAAAAAGAAAGGUAUUAGAAAUGAUAGAGGGGAAUGAUGUUGAGCAGUAUGGUAAAAUGAGGGAUUACUGUAGCUUGAUAUUGAGAACCAACCCUGGUAGUGGAGUUAAAAUACAAACUGAGCCCACUGUUGAUGAAAGUGUUAAAAGGUUUCAAAGAGUCUUUAUUUGUUAUUAUGCAAUGAUAGCUAGUUUUAAACAAGGUUGUAGGCCACUAAUUGGUGUAGAUGUAUGCUUCCUAAAGGUUCGUUAUGGUGGUCAUCUACUGAUUCCUAAAGGUUCGUUAUGGUGGUCAUCUACUGAGUGCAGUGUCCAUGGAUGGGAAUAGUCAAAUGUUCCCAGUUGCAAUUGCAGUGGUAGAGUGUGAGACAAGAGAUUCUUGGGAAUGGUUCAUGGGAGAGUUGAUGGAUGCUGUAGGGCCAUACAAUGAUAUAUCCUUCAUAUCUGAUAGGCAGAAGGGUUUAGUAGAAACCUUUGAGAGAAUGAUGGAGGGAUCAGAUCAUAGGUUUUGUGUGAGGCAUCUUUAUGAGAAUUUCAAGCUCAGAUUCAAAGGCCAGCAAUUGAAGAUUCAAUUAUGGGAGGCUGCAAGGGCAUACACUGAAGUAGAUUUCCAGCAACACGUGACAAAAAUGAGAGAGUUAAAUGUUGAAGCUCAUGAUUGGUUGACAAAGGUGCCGGUUCAUUUGUGGUCAAGGUCAGCCUUCACUGACACUUCAAAAAAUGAUUUGGUUAUUAAUAACAUUUGUGAGAGUUGGAAUGUUGUAAUCGUUGAAGCAAGAGAUAAGCCGAUUAUAUACAUGCUUGAGUGGAUUAAAAGGCAUUUAAUAUUAAGGUUUCAGUGUAAGAGGGAGUGGAUGCAUACACAAUUUAGGUUGUUAUGUCCAGAUAUCCAAAAGGCAUUAAACAAAGUGACACAACAAGCUUGCAUGUGUAAGGUUCAUUAUGCUGGUGAUGACAAGUAUGAAGUUCAAUGCUAUGGAAUCAGCGAGGCUGUUGACCUUGAUAAACAUACCUGCAGCUGCAGAGUUUGGAACUUAACUAGUAUUCCUUGUAGGCAUGCAGUGGCAUGCAUAUUUACUAAAAGGGACUCUCCAGAGUCAUAUGUUCACCCAUUUUAUCACAGAGAAACCUAUAUGAAGUGUUAUAGUGGUAUGAUUUUUCUAAUUCCAAUGGGAAUGUUGAUGAAAGCUGAUAGUAUUGACACAUUACUUCCACCACACUAUAGGAAACCCACUGGUAGGCCAAAGAAGGUUAAGAACAAGAAGAAUGAUAAUCCCAAAGGUUUAACCAAGCUUAACAGAUCAAAGGAAAGUCUGAAAUGUUCCAAGUGCAAGGAAAAUGGUAAUAACUCAAGGACUUGCAAAUUACCUGAGCCAUUGGUCAUUGACAGACCUCCACCAAAAAGGGGUGGUAGACCACCAAGUGUUGGAAGAGGGAAAACAAGAGGACCUGAUGGGAUGCCUGCAAGAGAAAGAGGAAGAAGGGGUGGUAGAGACAGGAGCCAGAGGACUUGAUAUUCCAACUCCAAUUGCAAAUCAAGAGGUUCAAAAUAUACCAUUUUCUCAAUUGUCACAAACUUAAGCAUCAUCUUCUAGAUCAAUGAUGGAAAGUGAGUAUGCAUGCUGGUAGUGAAAAUGGCCACAGAGUUGAUGAUGAUCUUGCUGAUGAAUGUUUUGUUAUAUUUAUAACUAUUGUUGACAUGAAGACUCCCAUUUUUUUGGUGAUUGUUCAAGUGAAUGGAGUGAAGACAUGUUACAUUAUAAUGGCACUUUGUUUACUGUCAGUAUGUUAUAUGAUCAUGUGGAAGACUAGUACAAAACUAACCUGUUUAUUGUCAGCCUUUUUGUUUAUUGUCAGUCUGUGUAUGAAGACUUUGUUAUGAAUGUAUGA